AUGUGCAGGGCCUUCCCCUCCACCCUGAAGGGAGUGGUACGACAAUGGAUCUCUCGGCUCCCUCCACGCUCUAUCUCCAAUUUCACAGAUCUAGGCCGAGCCUUCUUGGCUCACUUUGUGAGCAGUAGAGUUCACAAGAAAACAGUCGCCAAUCUUCUGGCCAUAAAGCAGCGCCCCGACGAAUCCAUCAGGGGUUUUCUUACAAGGUUCAAUAAAGAAGCCCUGGAGCUACGAAACUUGGAUCAAAUGGUGAAGUUCCAAUCACUGCGUAGCAGAAUUCGAGAUGUCGAGUUGAAAAAGUCCUUAAUUAUGGACGAACCAGGAGACAUGUAUGAAUUGUUCUCAAGAUGUGAAAAGUAUAUCAAAUUGGCCAAAGUUCUCGUGGCCGAGAAAGAAGAUAAAACCGAGAAGAAAGCUCAGGAAAAGAAGGAGGAGACCCCCCAAGAAGUUGGUGCAAAACGUAGUCGAGAUGACAAGGAUGGUAAGAAAAAGAAAGAUGACAGAAAAGCUUGGGUCCCCAAAAUGGCAGAUCUGGAAUCCGAGCCGGAUUAUACGGCCCUGACUCAUACCCGAGCACACAUAUUGAAUGAAAUCAAAGACCAGGUGACCCUAUGCUGGCCGGCCAAGAUGGUCAAGCCGACGCAUGAGCGCAACAAAAACAAAUACUGUCAUUUCCAUCAAGACCACGGUCAUGAUACCGAGGAAUGCAGACAGUUGAAGAACGAGAUAGAGGCUCUCAUCCAGAGAAGACGCCUAAGCCGAUUCGUCAAGAAAGAAGGGAACGAUCGCAGGCCAGAUUAUUGUGUUUGGGAGCCAGAGGGGAGACAAAGAUCACUCCCCAGAGCUGAUAAAGAGGAACCACACCGAGGUAAGCCCUAUACAGAGAAUGUACCCCUGAGGGAGAUAAAAACCAUAUUUGAUGGACCUGGUAUGGGAGGAGAAACCUCAAACUCCCGAAAGUAG